GCCUGCACCAUAAAAAUCUCUGCCCUCUCUUUUUCGUUGUAGUCAGCGUUGUUCAUAUUCCCACUCUCAAAACUCUCUCUCUUUCUUCUGUCUCUCUCAAAACUCUGACUUCUUUAAAUUUUUGAAAACCCCAAAUUCCCAAAUCCCAUUUCUUAAAAACACAAACAAACGCCCUAAUCAUGGAUUCUCUUCCUUCUGGUUACCGCCCCAACGUUGGCGUUUGUCUCAUCAACUCUGACAAUCAGGUUUUUGUGGCUUCUAGAUUGAAUGUUCCGGGAGCAUGGCAGAUGCCUCAGGGAGAGAUUGAAGAUGGUGAAGACCCAAAGUUAGCAGCUGUUAGGGAACUGAGAAAGGAAACUGGAAUAGUGUCUGCUGAGAUUGUUGCCGAGGUACCCAAAUGGUUGACUUACGACUUUCCUCCUGCUGUGAAGACCAAAGUCAGUCGUCUCUGGGGUGGGCAAUGGCACGGGCAGGCACAAAAAUGGUUUCUUAUGAGAUUGACAAAAGACGACAGUGAGAUUAACUUGGACAACGAUGAAGCCGACGUUGAAUUUGCAGAGUGGAAAUGGGCAAACCCUGCAGAAGUUGUUGAACAGGCUGUGGACUACAAGAGACCAACUUAUGAAGAGGUAAUGAAGACUUUUGGACCUUACCUUGAUGGAAACAAAAUAUCUACCAAAUGCAAAUCAUCCAAAUGGUGAAUGGUGACAAAUAAUGGUGUUCUUACCUCAAUUUUUACCAAAGAAAGACGGGAAAAAAAAAAAAAAAAAGAUGGAUUUGUAAAUGGGGGAACAGCUAGAAAGAAAGAAAACUGCUUACUUAUCUGAUUUUGUUGGAAUAAUUGAAAUUUUGUCAAAUUACUUUAACCAGUUUAUGGGGGAAAUAACUGUGUUAUUUUAGGAGAUUUGAAGAUCUGUGUAAAGAAAAGGGGAAGUAGUGAAAUGAAAUUGUAUGAAAGGUGUGUUUGACUUUGUGAUAAUUAAUUAAUGUAUGAAAGGUUGGAAACUUUUUGUCUU